AUGAGAAGUCCUUUAUUUGUAGUUAUUAAAUAAGCAGGAUUAGGGUUUAAAUAUUCUGAUAAAAAAAAGAUACAUUAAUAGGCAAUUUAAAGAUUUAUGAACUAAAGAAGAGAGUUCCAAAGAGUGGCUUUGGGAACUUUCAAAAUGGUCUAUGAGGUUAAUAAUUUUUGGAUUAUUAUGAUAGCAAAAUUGAUAUAUAUUUAAUAAUUCAUGAAUUAAUUGCCUCUCGAUAAAGUGAAACAAUUCGAGAGUAGCUCUGGUCUAAAUUCUCCUUUGAGUAUGACUUUCAGAUUGUCAAACACUUUAAGAUAACAUGGUCGAUAAGUGAGAAGAUAAAAAUCACGAAGCUAAUUAAAGCCUUUUGUUUUACAUUAGAAAACGAUAAAGGGGCCAUUUCGAAGGAAAAGCUGUUACUGUGAUGAAUGUGGGCAAUUGGGAACAUUUUAAUAUAAAUGCAUGAACAUAAAGGGACCUAGGCCAUAUCGAAAGGCUAUUCUUACAAGAAGAGCAUCCAACUAGCACAUAUUGAUUAGACAAUCAGCUUAACCUAAAUCUGUGUAACGAAUAACGCAAACAUUGAAAAAAAUGAAGACUUACGAUGAAAGUAAAAUAAACGCAAUGCAGGAUAACAAUAGAAACCCAUAGUCUUUAUAAGUUAUAUAGGAAUAGAUGACAAAAUUGCAUUCUUAUUUCUCAAGACAAUAAUAAUAGCAAAUAAAAGUGUAUUAAUUAGCAUAAUAUACUCCAAACUGUUCUCCAAAACAUUCAAAAACGCCUAGAAAUUUACCUUACUUGUCGCCUUACGUGACACUGAGGAAAAUAGAUUCACAACUACUUAAACCAAUAAAGCCAGCUCAAUUAAUGUAAUAGAGAUCGUAACUAUUGACUUUGCACAGAACGAAAUAUCAUCAGAAAACAUUGUCAACUGUUAGUCCACUCUGA